AUGGCAACUCCGAACCAGCAGAACCUGGCAGAGAAGAACGACGAGUAUGCCAAGAACUUUACUCAGGGUCACCUCGAGCUUCCUCCCGCAAAGAAGUAUUUGCCGCCGGGCCUCGAAGCAAGUGGUCUGGCGGUUGACCCAUUCGACCUCGCCGCGCACGACGCCGCCGCCGACAAAGUCGAGCCGCGCGUCCAUGGCCCCGUCGUCCCUGCCGCCGCCGCCACCGCCCGCAAACGCCUGGCGGUAAUGCACGCUGUGGCCGAACCAGCCAAACGUGCGGUGGCGGGACGUCUCGUACGGCCGCCUGUCGGUGCGGCCCACGCCCUCGAGGAAGCCGAGGUUGAACCACAUCCAGAGCGCGUCGCCGUCCAGCGUCAGCGUCAUGGUCUGCCUCGCCGGCCCGGCGGCGUGUCCGAGCUUAAAAUCUCGUACCGGCCGUUGAGGAGGCCCAGGGGCGCGGCGGCGUGGUUGCUGCUCGCUGGCGUCGGUGUCCAGUCCAUAGGCUCGGGCUCCGGUCUGGGGGAGCCGGGGUAUGGGGGCGGCGGGUCGUCAUCGUCGUCGUAUUUGUCGUAG